UGCUAAAGUAGCAGCACUUCCGACAUGCGUUACCCGAAAUCUCCGUUCCUAGGAAAUCCUGGGCUGGAAGAUGAGAUCCUGAAAAUAAAUGCUGCCCGCCUGGCUCCGCUUCUGGAAUGGCUCUGCCUGACGCCCCGGGUCACCACGUACCGGGUUAACACUCGUCGCACCUGCGUCGAAGAAUGCAGGCGAACGCUUGUGGAAAAACUGGCAUCUAUCUACGGCCAACAAGCUCCAAGGGUAUACGCCCUGAGCAAGCUGACGGAAGUGUUAUGCAUAGACCCAUUGGAUGCCCAGGCGAACCUCAAAUACUCCCCUGAUUCCAGCCUUAGGGAGGUGAUUGUGGACGCCACCUGUGGGGCUGCUUUGCUUCGUGGAGCCCAUAUAUACGCCCCCGGUGUCCUCGCGAUGGAAUCAAACACUCAACUCAAUGAAAUGGUCAACGUCUUCGCAGAUUUGUCUGGAAAAUGCAAGCGUGGGUCAACCGUCCGCUAUGACAGCUCCCAAAAGAUCUUCGUGGGGCAGGGCAGGACUCUAAUGCAGCGGUACCAGCUAUUCAACAACAGUGACAAGCCAGCAACCGGUGUCGCCGUCGAGAUGCAGUCGAACGUCAGUGGGGUACCUGCGCUAGGGGAUCUGAGCUGUCCCGACAUCCUACUGCAGAACCUGCCCUCCAUUGUAUGCGUCCAUGUAUUGGCUCCUCAGCCAGGCGAACGCGUGUUGGACAUGUGCGCGGCACCCGGUAAUAAAACAUCCCACAUAGCCGAGAUGAUGAACGACCACGGCUCUGUGGUGGCCUUAGACAACUCGGCAAGCCGUGUGCGCAGCAUGAGACCUAAGUUAUGCAGUUACCAAAGCAUUACGACACACGUAUUUGAUUCAACAAAAGCAGUUGCCUUAGAUCUUUUACCGACAGUCAGUACACUUUCGGAGCCGCCAUUUCCUAGCGCUAGCUUCGAUCGCGUCUUGUUGGACGCCCCGUGCAGUGGCUUGGGUAAUCGGCCCCAGCUGUCUAGCAACAUCAAGCGGGCUAAGGUACUGCAGUCCUACCCUCAUGUUCAGCGGCGUCUAUUCGUGCAGGCGGUCAAACUCCUGCGUCCAGGCGGCAUUCUCGUCUACAGUACAUGCACCGUCACGGAGGCAGAGUGCGAGUGCAUAGUGGCCUGGGCACUGAAGAAAUUCCCCGAGCUAAGAUUGGUGGAUGCAACACCACGCUGGGGCGGUUUUGGACUCUCACUUCCGGAUUUGGAUGAAUCCAAGUCACGGUUGCUUCAACGAUUCGGACCCGGACCCGGGCCCUGCGAGGAAGAUGGUUUCGAAUCAGUCGGCUUUUUUAUUGCCAAGUUUCAUAAAGUUGAAUGACUCAUUGCUGUAUUCAUUAAUUUUAUUCGAUUUAUUAUAGUUUUCUACUUAAGCAGCUCCGGUGAUGGGGCUUCUUGAGUUUGAUUUGUAAUAAAUGUCGAUGGUUCUCGUUAGAUCUA